AUGGCCGCGCCGCCGCCGCUGCCGGCGACGCGCGCCGCCAACGAGACUGGCGCCGCUACGCCCGACCAGCAGGGCACCGGCGGCGCGGCGGCGCGGAGGGCGGUCAGCGCCCUGCUGUUCUUGGCGGCCGUCGCCCUCCCGUGCCUCGUGGUGUACCGCCACCGCGCCGUGGCGCUCGGAGACGUCCUCGAGCCCCCGCGCCUAGGCGCGCCGAGCGACGACGACCUCGACCUGGACAUCGAUGACGCGAAGCUGGAGGAGGUCCUGAGGGGGGCCGCGAUGGCGAACGACACGGUGAUCCUGACGACGCUGAACGCCGCGUGGUCGGAGCCCGGCUCGGUGCUGGACGUCUUCCUCGAGAGCUUCCGGACCGGCGAGAGCACGAGGGAGCUGCUGGACCACCUCGUCAUCGUGUCGCUGGACACGGCGGCGCACGCGCGCUGCAGGCAAGUGCACCGGCACUGCUUCGCGCUCGUCACCGGCGGCGUCGACUUCUCCGGGCAGAAGAACUUCAUGACCGACGGCUACCUCAAGAUGAUGUGGAGCAGGAUCAACUUCCUCGGGCAAGUCCUUGAGAAAGGCUUCAGCUUCAUUUUCACGGACACGGACAUCGUGUGGUUCAGGAACCCGCUGCCGCACUUCUACCUGGACGGGGACUUCCAGAUCGCCUGCGACCACUUCACCGGCGACCCUGACGACCUGAGCAACGCGCCCAACGGCGGGUUCGCGUACGUGCGUUCCAACUCGGAGACGAUCGAGUUCUACAGGUUCUGGUACGCGGCGCGGGAGAAGCACCCCGGAUUGCACGACCAGGACGUGCUCAACUCCAUUAAGCACGACUCCUUCGUCGCCGAGCUCGGCGUCAAGAUCAAGUUCCUCAGCACUGAGCUCUUUGGUGGCCUGUGCGAGCCGAGCCGGAACAUGAGCAGGGUCUGUACAAUGCACGCCAACUGCUGCAUCGGGCUGAGCCGUAAGAUCAGCGACCUCAACGCCAUGCUCCGGGACUGGAGGAGGUUCAUGGCGCUGCCGCGCGACGAUAAGCAUUCUGUUUCAUGGACUGUGCCACGCAAUUGCAGGUAAAGGCAACCAAGGCAUGUUCAAAAAUACGCGCACUGUGCGUUUCUGAUCAAGAGGAAGCUGUCUUUCUAGUGUUCAGAAACUGGGGCGAUAGAGCAAAGAGGAAGCUGUCUUUCUGCUUGACAAGUGAUCAAUUCAGACUCCGGAAAGAUGGGUAAUGCAAACCAAAAUAUGGGAAGUUUAUAAGUUCAUUUUUGUUGAUUGUAUUGUAGGCACUGACGUGAGCUACUGAGUAUUGGACUGCCACAGUGAAUUAUUCGCACAUUUUGACUCCCUGUAAGCAACUGAGUGGAGCUGCUAGUC